AUGGGGUCACAAGUGAUCUUGGCCACUGCAGGAUAUGAUCACACGAUAAAACUUUGGGAAGCCACCAGUGGCAUCUGCUACCGCACUCUGCAAUACGGCGAUAGCCAGGUCAAUAAGCUCGAGAUUACGACAGACAAAAGGCUCUUGGCAGCGGCUGGCAACCCCCAGAUCCGCCUCUAUGAGGUCCAGUCCAACAACAACCAGCCCGUGCUGACCUAUGAUGGCCACACCGCCAACGUCACAGCAGUCGGCUUCCAGAAGGACAGCAAAUGGAUGUACUCGGGAUCGGAGGACGGCACUGUCAAAAUCUGGGACAUGCGCGCGCCGGGCUUCCAGCGAGAGUAUGCAUCUAGGGGCGCCGUCAACACAGUAGUGCUGCACCCCAACCAGGGGGAACUCAUCUCAGGCGACCAGCAUGGGAACAUCCGCGUGUGGGACCUGACGGCCAACGCAUGCAGCUGCGAGCUCGUGCCCGAGGUUGGCACAGCCGUGCGCAGCCUCAGUGUCGCUCUUGACGGCUCCCUUGUCGUCGCUGCCAACAACCAGGGGACGUGUUACGUGUGGCGGAUGAUGCGCGGAGGCUCCCUCACGACCCACUUUGAGCCGCUGCACAAGCUGCGCGCACACCCCGGGCACUACAUCCUGAAGUGCCUGCUGAGCCCGGAUGUGCGCCAGCUGGCGACGGCGUCCGCUGACAAGACCGUGAAGCUGUGGAGCCUGGAUGGCUUUUCGCUCGACCGCACCCUCACAGGGCAUCAGCGGUGGGUGUGGGAUUGUGUCUUCUCGGUCGACGCGGCCUACCUGGUGACGGCGUCGUCCGACUGCAGCGCGCGGUUAUGGGACCUGUCAAGCGGGGAUGCGAUACGCAUGUACUCGGGGCACCACAAAGCUGCCGUGUGCUGCGCGCUCAAUGACUCGGCCUUUGAGGGACGCUACCAGCAGCAGAGGUUCGCAGGAAACCUGCCGGUCAAGAGCAACAAGUAUGUGGAGUCAUGGGGCACCAACAGGGAGCACAUCGAGCUGACCUACAAGUUCGACAACGACAAUCUGUGGACCAUCGCCAAAUGGGUGGUGGCGUUCCCUUGCCUGCUCUACGCCAUCACCAAGUCUGAGUUCCACAAGAGCGACCGCAAGUAUGGGCGAAAGGAGCGCGAGUUCAUGUAAACAUUGCAGCUGGAUUUAUUGUGGGCAGAGGAGUGGACAGGAGGAAGCCUGUGCCUUCUAGCCUUGGCCCGCAUAGAAUGUUGGGCGCUCAAUAUGAGGAUUGUACGGUUUCCCCAGAGAGAUCAUGAUGUAUGGGUCAGUUGGGCCGAGGUCCCGUCUGGAAUGAAUUUCUGCGAUGACUUUAUCACCGGCAGACUCCUAGGGUGCAAUUGUGCCUUGCAGCAUUCUGUAACAAAAAUUCGCACGAAC